AAUGUCUGCAUCAAAAACAUUUGAUAAACCUUUUCAAGUUUAUGAAACUGCAGGUCAAAUGGGGUUCACAAUUCUUCAACGUAACACAUCCCCCUCUCAGCCUGGUGAGAGGAGAGGCCGGAGAAAGCAAGCUGAGCCUGGAAGGUUUCUCGGCGUGAGGAGACGACCUUGGGGUCGAUAUGCCGCUGAAAUUAGAGACCCUACUACGAAGGAAAGGCACUGGCUUGGCACAUUUGACACUGCUCAAGAAGCGGCUCUUGCUUAUGAUAGGGCUGCACUUUCCAUGAAAGGCACACAAGCAAGAACCAACUUCAUUUAUUCAUCUGACAAUACUAUUCUCCCUUCUCUUCUUUCACCUUUUGAUAUUCAAGCUCUCUUGACACCAUCAUCACAGUUCACAAAUAAUGCUACUACUAAUCAGACUAAACAACCUACACUUCUUCACAACAACACUCCACCUCAGCCAGAAAUUUCCAAAACUAAGAAUGAGACUAGUAGUGUUGAAACUCCAUGUGGGUCAUUUGAUGAUUCCAGUUUCCUUUUCUCUACUGAUUCUUAUAACUCUGGCUACUUGGGCUGCAUUGUUCCUGAUAACUGUUUGAACCCUUCUGCAAAUCAUCAUACUACUAGUACCACAAACUCCAAAUAUAGCAGUUCUAGUUCUGCUUCAAAUGAACAAUACAACUUUGGGUCAAUGAGCUCAAGUUCUACAGAUAGCCAGUCACAUUGUAACAACAACUAUGGAGGAUCACUUCCUCUAGAUAUCACAAGUGUGCCAACAACAAUGGCAUCCGAGGCUGGAGAUUUCCCUUACUUUGGUGAGCUCAAUAAUGGAAUUUGGAGUGAUAAUAACCAAUAGUCAUGGGAGAUGAUGAACUGCGAUGAACUGUCAGCCAUCAUCAACAACAACCCUAUAAUGGUGGAAGAUACUAGUUGCAUGGGAAGUUUGUAUCCGAUUAUGGACAACCCUAGCUAUGGGUUAUUGCCUCAAACCGUGGCUUCUCCUUCAGUUCCUCAUUUUGGUGGUGAUGUAGUUGACUUUGGCUACUCACUCUUUUGAGUGAUUAUUAAUUAAUUAUUAGAGUGCAUCGAAUUGUAUUACUUUAUGCC